AAUCAUUUUCAUAUAACUCAUCAACAAACCAACUCAACACUUACUUGAAUUGUUUUCCUCACCAUAGAGCUUCUGUGAAACCAUUUGGCAUAAUUCAAUUGAUUAACAAUUUAUAAUCAUCAACAAUCGAGCAACAAUGUCACAGCAUUGUGAAAAUAAUGAUCAGGUCUUGACUAAUGGUCAUGGUGGAACUAAAGAUAAUGGAAAUCUUUGUGUGCUGUUCUCUGUGAAGGAAAACGUUGGUGCUUUGGCUGAAGUCCUUAGAAUAUUCAAAGAGUAUCAUGUUAAUUUGGCUCACAUUGAAUCAAGAUCGUCCAAACGUUUCUCAGAUGAUUAUGAGUUUCUCAUCGAAAUCGAUACUCGGUCUGAGUCAGCAAAUAUUGACAAAGCAUUAAACGAUCUUAAAGGUAUCUCCACAUACAUGCAAGUUAUUUCAAGAGAGCCACGAGGGAAAGAAUCUGUUCCAUGGUUUCCAGUUAAAAUAAAGGAAAUUGAUAACUUCGCUAACCAUGUAUUAUCAUAUGGAGCUGAAUUGGACUCUGACCAUCCAGGUUUCACGGAUGAAGUUUAUCGUAAACGUCGAAAAUACUUUGCUGAUUUGGCUUUCAAUCAUAAACAUGGCCAACCAUUACCUCGAGUUGAAUAUACAGAGGAAGAGAUCAACACUUGGCGAACUGUUUACAACCAAUUAACAAGUCUCUAUCCAACUCAUGCUUGUCGAGAGCAUAAUCAUAUAUUUCGCUUGAUGAUUGAAAACUGUGGUUAUGGACCAGAUCAGAUACCACAAUUAGAAGAUGUCUCUAAUUUCCUUAAAGAUUGUACUGGUUUUACUUUGCGUCCAGUUGCUGGUUUAUUAACAUCUCGAGAUUUUCUUGCUGGCUUAGCUUUCAGAGUUUUUCAUGCAACUCAAUAUAUUCGCCAUCCUUCAGUUCCACUGUACACACCAGAGCCCGAUGUUUGCCAUGAACUCUUGGGUCAUGCUCCUUUAUUUGCUGAUCCAGGUUUUGCCCAAUUUUCUCAAGAGAUUGGUUUAUCAUCAUUAGGAGCUCCUGAUGAUUAUAUUGAAAAGUUGGCCACUUGUUAUUGGUACACAGUCGAAUAUGGUCUUUGUAAACAAGAUGGACAGAUAAAAGCUUACGGAGCCGGUCUUCUUUCGAGUUUUGGAGAGCUUCAGUAUUGUUUAACUGAUAAACCAGAAGUAAAGCCAUUUGAUCCAUAUGUGACAGCUCUUCAAAAGUAUCCCAUUACUGAAUAUCAGCCUAUCUAUUUCUUGGCUGAAAGCUUUGGAAAAGCUCAACAAAAACUUAAAGAGUUUGCUUACUCCAUCCCGAGACCAUUCACCGUUCGUUAUAAUCCUUACACUCAAUCAAUUGAAAUACUUGAUCGUAAGAAUCAAUUAGAAGGACUGGUUAAAACGAUUCGAAGUGAAAUGGAUAUUCUCACAGAUGCUAUUAGGAAAAUCCAGUAAACUUAUUAGUUUCAUCACAGGAAACAAUUAAGCAUGUUCAAUAUCCGCAGUUAGUUAAUAUUUGCUAAUAUUUGGUCACUUGUGAUCAAAAAUCUCACUCCACUUGGACUUUCUAAACUUUUAUUUCUUUCAUGUAAACUUUAAGCUUGAACUUAUGAAAAUAACAUUUUUAGAAGCUAAUAAAUUGAAAUUGACAAAUCUUAUACAAAAUUAUGUGAUUUUUGUACAUUUUUUGUGAAAUUAAAGAUCAAUCGAUCAUAAAUGUUACACCUUUUGAUUCUCUACUGAUCUCCGAAUUUUGUUAAUCAACUGCUUUUUGGUGUAAACCAAUGUAUUAAAUUGCCUCUCCAAGGCUUCAA